UGCUUGCUCCUAUAUAAGACGAGAUAUGUCGUAUUUUCGAGUAUUAUCGUACUGACUGCAACCCAGACAUAUACGAGCUCCAAGAUGUUCAAACUGUUGUGUCUGUUGGGCUUUUUGGCAUUCGCGUUGGGUGCGCCCGCGCCGGCACCGGCGCCCGCGCCAGCACCGGCACCCGGGGCGAUCAUCGGCGCUCCGCUUGUGACAUCCUACAGUGCUCCCAUCGUUUCCGCACCGUUAGCUUAUAGCGCAUACAGCCUACCGACUUAUAGCGCGUACUCGGCAUACCCGGCGGCCUUACCGUACGCGUAUAAGAGCUACGCGACUGGCCUAAUCGUCUAAACAUCGGAGGAGACCAGGCAUUCAGGAGAUUAAGGACCAAUUUCCAUCGACACACUUCACGGAAUCGAUCGACCAAUGAUCAACGCCUACGAAAUCUUAUCCGAAAAUCAACCACGGAUUUCUGUUUCUCCGCGGUUCAUUCUCUUCAUCCCUUUCUCAUUCGUUUCGAUAACUCCGCACUUACAUUCCAUUAGACCCAGAAUCAAUAAAGCCGCUUAAAAGCAA